AGCAUUGGUAGAGACCAAAAAAGGGGACAUGAGUCGUAGAAAGACAGAACAGAAACAUGACGAUGAUUACUUCCAAUUCCAUUACACUUGGAGGAGUUGCUUCAUUCACUACUCGCAACUUUUGCUACGGUCACAUGUAUCUUUCCAAUCCAAAUGCAAAAUUAAGAGGACCCACCUUUUCUCUCAGCUUCUCCAGGGGAAAAAGCUUAGAUAUUUUCUCUUCUCCCACUGCGACAACAAUACCAACACUCAGACAUCUCAAUACGCCAAUUUCAGCUGUUAAUUCAGGUUUAGAAGCAUCAAUUACAGACCCCAAUGAUAUUUCAGACUUCUUAACAGAUGCCACAGUAGUUGCAGAAGCAGAAGAUGAAGAUAAGAUACAACUAAGAGUGGAAUUGAAUGGUGAUCAAACAGAGAAGGUAUUUGACCGGAUCCUCAUAAACUUAGGUCGUACUACCCCACCAGUUCCUGGAUUUCGCGUGCAAAAAGGAGGGAAAUCAUCAAAGAUCCCAAAAAGCUUCCUUCUACAGAUGCUUGGGGAAGAACGUGUCACUAAAUUUGCAAUACAAGAAAUACUCAAUUGUACCAUGGCUGAUUAUGUAAAAAAGGAAAACUUGGAUGUGAAGGACAGGAAGGUUAACACUGUUCAAACGGUAGGAGAACUCAAACAAUCAUUCACACCAGGAAAAGAAUUUGUCUUCAAUGUUUUAAUCGAGCCUGAAAAUUCCUAAGGUAAAUAACUUGUUAUGAGGGAUCUAGCUGUUGUGCAUAACCAGAUUGAUGAUUAUCAAGCAACAAGAUUUGUCUCAAGCAACGAUAUGCAGCUUAAAGAGUUAUUUUAAUGGUUAGUUAGAUGAGCUCAUAAAAGUAAAGGUGAAACAUUCUGCCACGAAAGUUACAGAAAAAAUGUACUUGUAAUUCGUCGUUCGAUUAUUUAUCCUGAUUUUGGGGUGAUACUAAACCAAUAGAAUGAUAUAUUGCAGAUAUUGAAUAUCUUUAAAGCCUUUUAAAUUAAAUAGCGACUUGUCAAUUA